AUGGCUGUAGCUGUGGAUGAACAAAUCCAGACUCCUCAAGUACAAGAAGAGCUCCAAAUAGUGAAGCUGGAAGAAGAUUCCCACUGGGAGCAGGAAAUUUUCUUUCAAGGGAGUAUCCCUGGACCAGAGACCUCCUGCCAGCACUUUUGGUAUUUCCACUAUCAAGAAGCAUCAGGACCCUGGGAGGCACUCAUCCAACUCCAGAAGCUCUGUCAUCAGUGGCUGAGACCGGAGAAGUGUACGAAAGAGCAGAUCCUGGAGUUGCUAGUCCUGGAACAGUUCCUGGCUGGCCUUCCCCAGGAGAUCCAGAUCUGGGUUAGACGAAAACAUCCAGAGAGUGGAGAGGAGGCAGUGGCUCUGGUGGAAGACUUGCAGAAAGAACCUGGAAGACUGGGGCUGCAGGCAGUGGUGAAGAACUCACAGCCAGAACCAGAAGACCAAAUGAACCACAGCCCCAAAGUAAAACUUGGAUGCUUCCGCGAGAGUGGCACCUCCAAAGGGAAGAAGAACCUUGGCCUGCCUGAUCCUCAGGCUCUGGGUCUUUCUAUGGAGAACAGCUGUGACCAGGGGACCAUGAGCAGCUCCCAGCUCCGUACGUGCCAUCGGAACCGCCAGGUGUACCGGAUUGUGGCUGAGCAGCUGCGAGAGCAGGGCUUCCUGCGGACCCUGGAGCAGUGUCGUUACCGGUUCAAAAACCUCCAGACCAACUACCGCAAAGCUAGGAGCACCCACGUGCUAGGAACCUGCCCCUUCUACAACAAGAUGGAUGCCCUGAUGUGUCCACAGGCCGCCACCCCCAUUCCAGAGGUGGCCGGGGGUCUGCUUGGGCAGAGGUACCGUGAUGUGGAGCAGGAAGAACUGCAGAGGGCUUACUGGGAGCAGGAGGAGGCGAUGCUGGCCGAGGCCGUGUUAGAAGGUGGGUCAGAGAAGCAGGGGUGGAACCAAGGCCAUACAGCAGCAUCUUUAGAAGAAGGGCAUUCAGGAGCCAUGAUGGAGGAUUCUGAGGGGGAAGAACUGGGCACUGAAGAAGCGUCUGGAAGCCCUGGUAUCCCAGCCCUGUUUUGGAGUCCUACUGAUGUGCACUGGGGGUAUGAGAAGACUAAAAUUUUCCUGGGAAUUCUUGGUGAGCCCUACAUUCAUGAGAAGCUCCGCACCUGCCAUUCGAACCGCCAGGUGUACUGGAUUGUGGCUGAGCGGCUGCGGGAACGGGGCUUCCUGCGGACCCUGGAGCAGUGUUGCUACCGGUUCAAAAACCUCCAGAAUAACUACCGCAAAGCCAGGAGCACCCACACUCCAGGCACCUGCCCCUUCUACGAUGAGAUGGAUGCCCUGAUGAGUCCCUGGACCCUGGCCAACACCUUUGAUGCCUUUGAGGUGGCAGGAGGCGUUCUGCGGACUAGAGGGGACUCCAAAGAGAAGCAGAAGGCAGUGACAGGGGAUGCUAAUGAGAUGACAGAGGAACCCAGGAACCUCAGCCCCCAGGCUUUGAGGGGGUACCCCAAUGUUAAGCUCUCUUCCCCGAAGUGCACUUCAGAACAGUGGGAGAGAGGAAGCCCCGCAGGAAGAUUAGGGACCGUGAAUCAGGAGACAUGCUUAUCGUCUGUCACUCUGCUAUCACUAGUCUAUGGACAAGAGUGGCUCUCUCCUCCAGAAAGAGACUUAGGUAAAUUCAUAGGUCCUCAGGGAGCCUAUGUUGGAGAAAAACCCAAUAUAUGCUGUGAAUGUGGAAAAUAUUUCAGCCUGAGCUCACACUUAGCUAUCCACGGAUUAGCCCACAUUGGAGAAAAGAAACCCUAUAAAUGUGGCCAAUGUGGGAAAAGCUUUGGCCAAAGCUCAUAUCUGGUUUGCCACCAGAGAAUCCACACGGUGGGGAAGCCCUACAAAUGCCCCAAAUGUGGGAGAGGCUUCAGUGAUCAUUCUGACCUCAUCACACACCAGAGAAUCCACACAGGAGAAAAGCCCUAUAAACGUGGGGAGUGCCGCACAGGCUUCAUGCAGAGCGCAGGCCUUAUUACGCACCAGAGGAUCCACACAGGAGAGAAACCCCGUAAGUGUAGUGAGUGUGGAAAGAGUUUCGCCAACGGCUCGCACUUUGGGACACACUGGUGAACGCACACUGGCGAAAAACCCUACCGGUGCCCCGAGCGUGGGAAAAAGUUCAGUAAGAGUUCCGCUCUCACCAGCCGUCAAGGAGAGAAACCCUAUGAGUGUCUGGAAUGUGGGAAACGUUUCAGAGACCGCUCAAAUGUCAUUACCCACCGGCGAAUCCACACUGGAGAGAGACCCUAUAAAUGCGGGGAAUGUGGGGAGAGCUUCAGUCAGAGCUCAAGUCUUAUUAUUCACCAGAGAAUGCACACGGGAGAAAAACCCUAUGGAUGUGCUGAGUGUGGGAGCCGAUUCAACAAUAGCUCACGUAUUAGUGCACGUCGGAGAGCCCACGCCAGGGAGAGACUCCAGGGGUAGGGGACCUAUCUUGAAAACACUGCAGAAUCUACCCCAAAAAAGGGUUUGUAUGGCCCUGGAUUCUAUACCACGACACCCACAGAAGAAGGAGAGAGAGCUCAAAUCCCAGUCGGACAGGCUGUACUUUGUUUCUCUCACUCAGUACCCACUGGGCUUAUGAAAUACCACUCAAGCCUUUCCUGUCCAUGCUGUUAAAAUGGAA